AUGGGGAGCAUAGAGGCUGAGGGCAACCCUCCCUACUUUGCACGCGAGCCCAUUGCGAUAGUGGGCAGCAGCUGCCGAUUCCCCGGUGGCGCAACCUCUCCAUCUAAGCUUUGGGAGCUCCUAGAGAAACCUCGAGACGUCUUACAGGAAAUACCAGCCACUCGUUUCAACACCAAAGCAUUCCACCACUCAGACAGCCAGCACCAUGGAAGUACGAACGUCAAGCAUGCAUAUCUUCUCGAUGAGGACCCUCGCGCCUUUGAUCGUGACUUCUUCUCCAUUAACCCCAAGGAGGCUGAGGCCAUGGAUCCCCAGCAACGCUUGCUACUCGAGACUGUGUAUGAAGGCAUUGAAUCAACUGGACACUCGAUGCAACAGCUUCGGGGGUCGACUACCGCGGUGUUCGUUGGAUGCAUGAGCUUCGAUUACCAUCUCACUGCCAUCCGGGGCAUCGACAGCCUGCCCCAGUACCACGGAACUGGUACUGCCGCAUCUAUUUUGGCCAACCGCGUGUCGUACUUUUACGACUGGAAAGGUCCCUCGGUGACCAUCGACACAGCAUGCUCAUCUAGCCUGGUCGCCCUGCACCAGGCAGUUUCUGCCCUCCGAAACGGCGAGGCCGAAAUGGCAGUCGCAGCGGGCUCAAAUCUCAUAAUUGGGCCCGAGCCAUUCGUUAGCGAAUCUAAGCUUAACAUGCUGUCACCCAAUGGGCGAUCCUUCAUGUGGGAUGCAGCUGCGGAUGGAUACACCAGAGGGGAGGGCUUCGCCGCCGUCUUCCUCAAGACACUCAGCCAAGCUAUCGCCGAUGGUGAUCACAUUGAAUGUAUCAUUCGAGAGACUGGCGUGAACUCCGAUGGCAAGACGCCAGGCAUCACAAUGCCGAGCUCAGAGUCGCAAGCACGACUUAUCCGUGACACCUACGCCAGGUGCGGGCUCAACCCGGCUCGUGAAUCCGAUCGCCCACAGUACUUUGAAGCCCAUGGCACGGGCACGCAGGCGGGUGACCCUAUCGAGGCCCGGGCCAUCCAAAGUGUUUUCUUCCCUAACGAGAGGGAGGGUCAGCUCAUAGUCGGCAGCAUCAAAACAGUAAUCGGACACACUGAGGGCACCGCGGGAAUUGCCGGUGUGCUAAAAGCGUCGCUGGCAGUUCAACACGGCCAGAUUCCGGCAAACCUUCAUUUCAAGGAUCUCAACCCCAAGAUCCGACCAUAUUACACAAACCUACGCAUUCCUACUGAGACAACCCCUUGGCCCGCUGUCUCGAAAGGAUAUCCGCGCCGUGUUAGUGUCAACAGCUUUGGCUUCGGUGGCACGAAUGCCCACGCCAUCAUAGAGAGCUGGGAUGGCGCUGGCUCCCUCACAAAUGGCUACGCACUGAACGGUAACAUACUGAAACCCCUGGGCGCAGGACCUUUCGUCCUGUCUGCCAACUCGGGCGCAGCUUUGGCGGCAAAUGCUGGAGCGCUGGCCGACUAUCUUCGCGCGCAUCCUGACGCGGAUCUGCGCCGACUUGCCUAUACUCUAUUCCGAAGGACAGACUUUCCAUUCCGAGCUGCCUUCUCUGCUACAUCUGUGGAGCAACUUGCAGAGAAGCUUGAGGCGGGUAAGGACUCUCUCAAGAGCAGCUCGCGCACCGCCACCAUCCCCGAGGUGCUGCCGCCCCGGAUUUUGGGCAUUUUCACUGGCCAGGGCGCGCAAUGGGCUACCAUGGGAAAGGAGCUCUAUGGCGCUUCUAGUGUUUUCCGCAGCGCUAUAGACCAGAUGCAGCGGGCUCUCAACUCGCUUCCCAUUGAAGAUCGCCCCGAUUGGUCCCUAGUUGACCAACUUGACGCGCCAGCGGUGGAUUCCCGCGUUGGCGAGGCAAUUGUAUCCCAGCCUCUCUGCACUGCUCUUCAAGUCGCUCUAGUUGAUGUCUUGCGUGCCGCCGGUGUCGAGCUCUCCGCUGUUGUCGGACACUCGUCUGGCGAGAUUGGCGCUGCAUAUGCUGCGGGAUACCUCGACGCCACUGAUGCGAUCCGGGUCGCAUACUACAGAGGUUUCCACUCCCACCUAGCGCAAGGGCCGGGAGGGAAGCGCGGCAAGAUGAUGGCGGUCGGUAUGUCCUUGAACCAAGCGACUACUUUCUGUAGCGAGUUCGGGGGAACGCUUACCGUAGCUGCCAGCAACUCUCAGACGAGCUGCACCUUGGCAGGCGAUGCUGAAGCUAUCGAGGAUGCCCACGCUCGGCUGCAGGAAAAAGGAACCUUUGCCCGCGUGCUGCAGGUCGACACGGCAUAUCAUUCUCAUCACAUGAAGCCAUGCGCUAUUCCUUAUCUCGAGUCGAUGAAGCAGUGUGGAGUCACAGUUCAGAAGGGCGGAAAACAGUGCCGGUGGUACUCGAGUGUUUGGGGAUCGGAUGGUCGCAGCCGGUCAUUCAACCAAGCGGAUGGUUUGCUUCUCGAGGGCCAGUACUGGGUCGAUAACAUGACCCAGCCGGUGCUUUUCAGUCAAGCACUGGCGAGAGCCCUGAACGAAGACCAGUACUUUGACCUUGUUCUCGAAGUUGGACCACACCCUGCUCUCAAAGGGCCGAGCGCCGAGACUAUCAAAAUGCUGACAGGUCUCUCCUUUCCGUACUCGGGAGUUCUAAAACGUGGGCAGAAUGCGGUCACGUCAUUCUCAGAUGCUUUGGGGCUUCUGUGGAAGUCUUUCCCGUCGUCGCGCCCCCUGAUCACCUUUGACGGCGUACGCAGGGCUUUCCCUAGCCGGGAGCCGCUGAAGCUUGCCGUUCUGAAAGGCCUCCCGGCUUACUCGUGGGACCAUCCAGGCCUCAUCUGGAAGGAGUCGAGAACAUCCCGUAUCUUCCGUACUCAGAGCCAACCUCGUCACGAGCUUCUGGGCCAUUCUGUCACUCAUGGCGAGCGUGACAAGCGCGAGGUGCACUGGAAACAGCUCCUGAGGCUGAAUGAGCUCCCCUGGCUGGCCGGUCACAGAAUUCAGGGCGAAGUUUUAUUUCCGGCGUCUGGCUACUUGUCGAUGGCUUACGAGGCCGCCACUCGAUUGGUAGACGACCGGCAGUCACUACGUCUCGUGGAAUUGCAUGAUAUUGACAUUGUGCGAGCCAUGCGGCUCGAACAAGAUUCCUCGGGGCUUGAAGUUGUCUUCACUGUUCGCGUUACUGCCCAGUCGGAUGACUGCAUUACAGCCGAAGUUGCCUGUUAUAGCGGUGCUGUCGACUCGGUUCAGCCUUUGGAUGCCCCUCAAACUGGUCUCACAGCUCAUUUUACCGGAGGUGUACGGCUCUGGCUCGGUGAGCCCAGCACGGACACGUUACCUUCACGGAAAACACCUCUGCUUCCCAUGGAAGCUCUGGACAUGGAGCAACUGUACUCAAACCUAGCCAAGGAAGGCUUCAACUACGCCGACCUGUUCCAGGCAAAGUCGAUGCACCGGCGGCUUAACCGUGCCCUGGUGACCGUGUCAUCACCUCCCGAGCCCUCUUCGAUGCGCGAGUGCAUGCAUCCCGCACCCGUUGAUACUGCCUUCCAAGGUCUAUUGGCUGGCUUCUCGUUCCCAGGAGAUGGUCGCCUCGGGACCAUCUAUCUGCCGACACGGGUUGAAUGUGUCAGGGUCAACAUGAUGCCCACCGAGUCGCAUGCCACUGUCCUCACAGCCGACGCUACCGUGACCUCAACGGGUAAAACCACUCUGACAGGCGAUGUAGACCUGUUCGAUGCAGCAAAUGUGCGCACCCAAGUGCAAAUCCGUGGAAUUCACCUGAGUGCCGUGGGGCAACGCCGGGACCCCUGGCUCUACGCAGGCACCACAUGGGCAAGAGACGUCAGCUAUGGAAUCGAGCCCAGCAUCAAGACCAAGCUCUCGGAAGCGGACUGGGUGCUAUACGAGCAGCUCUCGCGCACGGCCUACUUCUACCUGCGCCAGCUCCGCAAGAAGAUCCUGCCCCAGGAACUGAUGCUGAUGGGCAAGUACCGGAAACACAUGAUGACUUGGGUCCUUGAGCAUCUACUCCCCGGAUUGAAGCUGGGGAGCAUCCAGAAAUUCGCGCUGAACAACAACGAUAUGAACAUUCUUCACGCCAUGGGGAAGAAUCUGGUCGGCAUUGUCCGCGGAACCACUCCUCCCCUCAGAGUGCUUACACAGGACGGCAUGCUCGACCGUCUGUACGUGGAAGGACUCGGUGCCCGGGACGGUAACCAUGAUCUUGCCGGUAUUGUGAAGCAGCUUGCCCACCAAUAUCCGCGCAUGCGUAUCGCCGAGGUAGGAGCUGGCACGGGUGGCACUACACGGGCAGUUCUAGAUGCUUUGGGGAAUCAAUAUGCGUCCUACACAUACACGGACAUAUCCACCGGCUUUUUCGAAAACGCCCGCACGCUGUUCGGUCAGCAUAGCAGCAAGCUCUCUUUCAAGACGCUCAAUAUCGAAAAUGAUCCAGUAGACCAGGGAUUCCCUGAAGGAACGUUCGACAUGGUCAUCUCCUCAAACUGUCUGCAUGCGACACGAAGUCUGGGGGAGACUCUGCGUCAUUGCAGACAGCUCCUCCAACCCGGUGGCCGCUUGGUGCUGCUGGAGAUUACUCGAGACUUCCUGCCUACACAGCUGGUUAUGUCAACACUGCCUGGAUGGUUCCUGGGCAUAGAAGACGGGAGAGUCUGGGCACCUACCGUCAGCCUCGAGCGAUGGGACGAGCUGCUGAAGGCCAACGGCUUCUCUGGGGUUGAAGUAAGCUCGACGCCUUCCUUCUGUUCUGUUAUUGUGGCGCAGGCAGUCGACGAGACGGUACAGCUCCUCCGCGAACCGCUUGCUGUCGCUCCAACAGCCCUUCCGCCACUGGGCGACAUCCUCAUCGUCGGUGGUGGUGUAACUUCAGAGCUUGCCUCCCAGAUCCAAAAAACCCUGCAAGCUGCUGCUCCUUCCAACACUGUCACCGUACUGCCAGGACUCGAAGGCAUUGAGGUGCCGAAGGGAGCAGCUGUACUCUGCCUUAGCGAUCUGGACAGCCCUGUGUUCCGCGACAUGAACUCAAAGAGAUUCAGAGGGUUGCAGAACGUCAUGGAAUCAGCCGAAGUGGUUCUAUGGGUGACCUCGGGUGCGAAGUCAGGCAAUGAUCCUGAUGCCAACAUCACUCUGGGACUGUCGAGCACGUUGCGAGCUGAACGCAUGGAUCUCAGGCUCCAAUUCCUCGACGUUGACGAACCGUCGUCUGUUGAUCCGUCUAUGCUGGCAAGUAUGCUUCUUCGUCUCGCCUUCCUGGACCCAUCCAAGAACGACGAACUGCUCUGGGUCCAGGAGCCUGAGCUUGCCCUGAAAGAGGGCGCCCUCUACGUACCCAGGGUGGUAUCUCUUGACACUCUUAACCGUCGAUCUGCCGCAAGGCACCGACAAGUCACUCAGAUUACCAGCGUUGAGUCUGAGGAUGUGGCUGUGGUGGUCGAUGAGCGCCAGGGAGCAUUCGAGCUGCAGACUAUUCCUUUUGGCGGAGCCACAAAAGAUGAGAUUGGCCUGCAGGUCUUGGCUUCUUCGAUUCGCACCAUAACCUGUGAUGAGUACGGGCCGGUGUAUGUGUGCAUCGGUCGCGACCUGGUUUCCGGAGACACGGCCCUCGCUCUUUCAGCUGUAAACAGUUCGGUGGUCAAGGUUUCCGAAGACCACAUCUUAUAUCGCUGGCAGGAUGACAAGACGGCUGCUGAAUAUACCGCACAUCUGCAUCUCUUCGUGGUACGCGCACUUGCUGAACACCUUCUCGGCAGCUUGAAAGGGCCUACAUGGAUUCACGGGGCACCGCAUGACCUCCGCGAGGUGAUCGACGUGGUUGCCCGGGAGCAGAGCGUCGCCGUAUUCCAAACCACAUCGGAUAUGGCGAUGACUUCGGAUGUCAAUUUCAUCCAUCCUUACGCGAAUAAGGAAGACCUACAGGAUUUCCGCCCCAAGGGCCUGCAGAGCUUCAUCAACCUAGCACGCCAAGAACACAGGGCAUUGUCUGCGUUUAUUCAUGCUUCUUUGCCUACCUCGGCCAUCGUGAACAAGGACGUCGCGAGCUUAACCGCCAGUUUAAGCCUCCCUGAACUCCGCAUCCUGGCCAAACAGAAUAUCUACGAUGGCCUGCAGGUCCCCACGGAGUCUGUUGAGAUUGUGGCCAUCGACAAGGUCUCAACCGUGACAAGCAAGGAACUGGGCCCCGCAGUUUUGAUUGAUUGGAGUACUGCCGAUACCAUCAACGCCCUGGUGCGCCCUCUCGAGCACCGUGGGCUGUUUGCUCCUGACAAGACAUACCUCCUUUGCGGCAUGACUGGAGACUUGGGUAUCUCGGUGUGCCUGUGGAUGGUGGAAAACGGAGCCCGGAACGUGGUCUUGACCAGCCGAAACCCCAACAUCUCUCCUAGUGUGCUUAACUACUUGUCGCACAAGGGAGCUACCGUGCGACCAAUGGCCGUCGACAUUACAAACAUGGACUCUCUCCGCUCUGCCUACAGCGACAUUAAGUCGAGCAUGCCGCCUGUCGGGGGCGUUAUGAAUGCCGCGAUGGUGCUUCGGGACCGUCUUUUCCAUCAUUUGCCCUGGGAGGAUUUCGCCGCUGUGUUGGGGCCUAAGAUGGUGGGAUCCAAGAACCUUGACGAGCUCUUUGGCAAUGAACAGUUGGACUUCUUUGUAUGCUUCUCGUCCACGACAUCGAUUGUCGGAAGCAUUGGCCAGUCUGCCUACGCUGCCGCGAACCACUACAUGGCUAGUCUUGUUCAACAACGACUCCAGCGCGGGCUCGCUGGAUCUGUCAUCCACAUUGCCAUCCUGACGGGCUUUGGAUAUAUUUUCCGGCGUGAUUCCGAGCAUGCUGAAACCAUCUACAAGGCCAUCCUUCCGCGGUUUGACAGGCAGUCGGAGACGGACCUGCACGAAAUGCUGGCCGAGGCCAUAGUUUGUGGACGUCCAGGCUCGGCCCAGCCCGCUGAGCUCAUCACGGGCAUCAGGUCAGUCUUCCAGGGUGAGUGGCGCGACGACCCGCGGUUGUCUUGCUACAUCGGCCAGCAACAGCUGCAGGACGACUCUAGCGGAGAGCAAGCCGCCGGGUCUGUCAGCGUCAAGGAUCAGCUCGCCUCGGCUGAGGACCCUGCCGAGUGCCUAGUCAUACUCGAAAGCUGCUUCGCACUGUCCCUGGGUAACUUGCUCGAGAUCGACCCUGAGCAGCUGGACCACAACAUGCCUGUGGCUAACCUGGGCAUCGACUCUCUCGUAGCCAUCCGCAUUCGUGAAUGGUUCCUCAGAGAGAUGGGCGUCGACAUGCCAGUGCUGAAGAUUAUGUCGGACACCUACUCAAUGUCGCGCAUGUGUGAUGAUGCCCUUGUGGAGUGGCGGAGGCUUAACAAGUCUUAG